UAUGAUAAAAUAUGUUAUCUAUUGCCAUGAUAUUGACAGCAGUUUCGCGGGUCUGACAGCUACAGCGUAUUCACCAAUCGGUUUCGCAAAGUAAUUUUGGUGAUAUUUUUAACAACACUUCGGCGUAGAUAUCGCAAAAUAUGCAGCAGCUCACUAUAUUUAUGGAUAUUGAAAGCUCACGUUCCUACAUCGACGAGCUCUAUUCGCCGAAUCAGGAGAAAAUCAUGGAUGCAUUGGUUACACUGAAGAAUUCUGUGAUAGGUAGCAACAGGCAAAAGAGUUCUGUAAUCGAACAAGGAAUAGUACCUAGAUUAUUGCAAUUGAUGACGGACGAUUGCCUCGAUCCGAACAUAAGACUCGAAGCAACAAUUACAAUCGGUUCUUUAGCAAAAGGCACACCAGAGAAUGUAGCAUCAUUGGUCGAUCAAGGCACAACCAUAGUACUCGUAGAGUUAUUAAAGAUAGUGCCAACUGGUACAAGAUUAGCUGAAGCUUGUCUAUGUGCUUUAAGGAGUAUCUUUCAGCAACCUCCAGCGCCAAUAUCAGCAUUGCCUGCUGAUAUGAGACUUUUGACCAGAUUAACACAAAUAGCACGUGAAGGUUCACCAACGGCACGAGCUUGUGUAGUUCGCAUUCUGUCAAUAUGGUGCAGUGGUCCCAUAGAACAAGAAGCCCUAUGUGCUGCCGGCGCAUGCGCAGCUGUAGCGGCGUUGCUGGCCAGCAGAGGCUUCUCAUCACCACCUUUAGCAAGAGCACUCCCUGCGCUUGACUUGUUAGCAGCCAUGUGCUUUGAAAAUGCUAAUGUUUCACAAGUUGCUCUCAAUACGAGGUUUGGAGAUAAAACAAUCCCCGAAUUGCUCACAACUCUCGUGUCCAGAGACAAACCACUGGCAAUUGCUAUGGGUGCUGCAAGAUGUCUUACUUUCAUACAUAGAGCUGGAGCUUUGACGGCUGAUGAUACCAGAGUUGUCUUUGGAGCUUUACCAUGUCUCGCUCGGCUUUGUACGAAAGAUAUGCCCGAAGAUAUUCGAGCAACAGCAGCUGAAACGCUAGCGUAUUUAGCAGAAGUGGACACGUCCCUACAAAGACUAGCGGCAAUAUCCAACCAUCUGAUGAGCUCACUGGCGGACAUCGUGAACUGCCCGUCCGCGGCCGCCAAGCAAGGCGCCUUCAAGUGCUUCGCGUCGCUUGGCGCCAACGACGAGGACAUCCGUAAGCGCAUCAUCGAGACCCACGGCCUCAUGGUGCACGUCGUCAACGGCAUGAACAACCCCGAGCCCUCCGUGCGAUUAGCAGCUGUGAGAUGUCUGCAUUCGCUCUCAAGGUCAGUUCAGCAGUUACGGACGACAUUUCAGGACCAUUCGGUCUGGAGACCGUUGAUGCAACUCCUGAAUGAUUCACCUGGAACAGAACUUUUAACAGUGGGGUCAUCAACUCUAUGCAACCUCCUCUUGGAAUUCUCUCCAGCAAAAGAGCCCAUGUUAGACCAAGGUGCUGUGGAAAUGUUGUGUAACUUGACAAAGAGGCCCGAGGCAGCUUUAAGAUUAAAUGGAAUUUGGGCACUUAUGAAUAUGGCUUUCCAGGCGGAGCAGAAGGUGAAGCAGCGCAUCCUGUGCUGCCUGGGCACGGAGCAGAUGUUCCGGUUGCUGGGCGACGGAGACACGCGCGUCAUCAUGAAGACUCUGGGCCUGCUGCGGAACCUGCUCUCCACGAGACAUCACAUCGACGCCAUCAUGGCGGAGUACUCCUCGCAGGUCAUGCAGGCAGUCAUAGUAGUACUAGAGGGUUCCUAUCCAGCUGAAGUGAAAGAGCAAGCGCUGUGUAUUUUGGGAAAUAUCGGCGAUGGAGAAAAGGCAAAAGAUCUAAUAAUGGCUAACGAGGAUGUGUUAAGGAAACUUGUAGAUUAUUUAGCGCACCCCGAGAGCAAACUGCAGGAAGCGGCGCUGUUCGUGGCCGGCAACUUAGUGUGGCGCGGAGAGGCCGGCGCCGCCGCGCGCCAGGCGCGCCUCGCGGACCUCGGCGUGCUGCGCGCGCUCAAGCUGCUGCGCGCGCGGCACGACGCGCACCACCUGCACGAGAAAGUGAAAACAGCGCUCGCACAGUUCAACGACUUCACAUAGAGUGACGAAAAACGAAAUGAGUAAUUCGUAAAAGUGACUGCAUUCAUACAAUGUUGUUGAGUUAGUCCUGGGAUAGUGAGUUAUCGAGUCAUAACAGUUAACUAAUGGGUAAUCAAUAUAAUGACGCUAAGUAUUUUAAUGUAUAUAGCUAAGUUGCUGUUAUCUCAAAUGAGGGAAGUUAUUAAAGUUAUUUAUUUUAGUUUAUCGUGUUGAGUCAUUUGUCAUUCUUUCUUGUUCUUUUUUUUAAGUCUUAAUUCAUAUAAAUAAUAUGAUAUUUUAUAGACUUUGUUAAAUACUAUUGUUUGCUUCCGUUUUCGCCGAUUUGAAAUGACAUUUUUUUGUUUAUUUACGUUCCAUUUAUUAAAUAAUCAUGAAAUACACAUUGUAAAUUCCAUUUAUAUACUAUUGACAUAAAAGAUGUAUUCUUGUAUUUAUAAUAAUGUCAUCGUAAAAAGUUUUAAUUAUCGUUAAGGGGUGCCUAGCCUCGAUAUCAUCAUGAAGCUAGCUAAAUGUAGUUUGACUACGAUAGUAUAAAUUUAUAGAUAUUUUUUUGGCUUAUUGACAAUAUAUAAUAAAAUUAACUACGGUACAGGAACGAAGUGAUAAUGAUUGUAGGUGAUUGUAGCUUUUGAUAAAAUAUGGAGGGCUAUGCAUGCUGACUGCAGACUGACGAUGGUUGUACG